AUGGAGUUUUGCGAUUUUCUGUUCUCUCGAGAGAAUUCCAUAUGGGACUCGAUGAAUGAGAAGGUAAUCCAUGACAUGACGAGACCGCUGUCGCAUUAUUGGAUUGCGAGUAGCCAUAACACAUAUUUGACUGGCGAUCAACUACGUUCUGACUCCUCACUCGAUUCCUACGCCCAAGCUCUUCUUAUGGGAUGUCGCUGCAUUGAGUUGGAUUGCUGGGAUGGGCAGCGGAAGGCGAAUUCGCAGGAAUUCCAGGAUAUUGUAAUCUAUCACGGGUACACGAUGACCUCCAAACUAUUGCUACGCGAUGUGCUUUACGUCAUAAAGCACUACGCAUUUAUAACUAGUGUAUAUCCAGUUAUUCUUUCUAUCGAGGACAACUGUUCAGUUCCUGCUCAACGUUUGCUAGCACAAGAGAUUAGGGAAAUACUAGGGGAUGAUCUACUCACCCAGCCGAUCAACCCCGCCGAAACGGAAUUGCCAUCACCAGCCGCUUUGAAGAAAAAAAUCAUCCUAAAGCACAAGAAGUUACCGAUUGAAAGCGAGGAUUUGGCGACUUUUGUGAGCGCAAGCACUGAUGAAUUUCAGGAUACUGACAUCUUAGCACGGGAAUGCAUUAAGAAAGGUGUGCUCUCGUUAUUAGACAGCGUUCGACAUGAGUGGUCAUCACAUGUGUUUAUACUAUUCCCGGAUCGGCUUUGUUAUCUUCUGGAUACUUGCGAUGAUUCUUCUGCAAAGGAGGACACAAUUAGCAUGAUGGGCGACGAUGAUAGAGAGGAGGAUAGUUUGGCUGGAUUUGGUGUUCGUCCAGAAGAGCAACAUAUCACUGAGGAAUGGUUUCAUGGACAUUGUGAACGAGAUGAGGCGAAGGAACGAAUUCUUCAACACAAGGACAAAGGGAACGGUUUAUUUAUGGUGAGAGAUUCCAAUCUCUUUAUCGGGGAUUACUCGCUUACCAUACUUCACGACGGAAAAGUUCAUCAUGUACGGAUCAAGACACGAAUCAUUGACAAAGAGAAGAAAUAUUAUUUCAUGGAUAAUAAGGUAUGCGACACAUUGUACGAGCUGGUAUCGUACUAUACACGCCACUAUCUGACCACUCCGACGUUUAAAAUGGUGUUAACCACACCAUGUCCACAACCGCAACCUCAUUUGAAUCAACCAUGGUUUUCAAGGACGGCGAACAAGGAGAAGGCUGAAGCAUUGCUGAGUCAGGUGCCGGAGGAUGGUGCUUUCCUCCUCCGAUACUCAAGCAGCGAUAAGAGUGUCUUUGUGUUAUCUAUAAGAGUGGAUGGUGAGAUCUGGCAUUACCGUCUGAAACGUGAUGGACGGAUUUUCGUCGUGAAUCAAACGGUUUUUGAAAAUCUUAAUCAGAUCGUUGAGUACUAUCGUACACGGGAAUUUGUUCGUGGAAUUCCGCUUCGGUUCCCGGUGAACGAAAACGACAUGAGUGCUAUACCGGCUCAUCUGGAGAUAGCGCAAGGAAGUUACCAGGAACUUUCUCAACUUGAAGAAAAAGUUUUAGCUCGUGCACUUCGACCGUACCGAGGCACCGGCGAUGACGAUCUUUCCUUCCCUGCAAACGCCAUCAUUACAGUACUCAGAAAAGAAGAAGCGCUUUGGACAGGUCGUUAUGGUUCAUCGGUUGGAUGGUUCCCUGCUUCUUACGUGCAAGAAAUUUUACCAGAAAAGACAACUACAACAGGUGUGGCGAGCAGUUACAACACUAUUGAGCUCGCCGGUACCGUAAUCGAACGAGUUACGGACGGAGAGAAACAGCAUGUUAUCAAAAUAUCGCAUAGUGCUCAACAAUGGAGCGGACAACAUUGGCUGCUCGCCGCUCGAUCCGUCGAGGAGGCAGAUGAUUGGCAGAAUCAGCUCUGGGAUUUGACACGAUCUGUGAAUAACAAGAUUAGUGUUUUACGAACAAAGGAGAAAAGUGCUCGGAUCGCUGCAGAACUUUCGAAUCUUGUGGUGUAUUGCCAAGCGGUGCCCUUCGAUCCAACCCAUGUUCAGACCGGAUCAUUUUACGAGAUGUGCUCAUUCGUUGAAAAUAAGCUGGAUAAGUUGCUAGAGAAGGGUUUGAUUACAUUCAAUAUUCGACAACUAUCACGGGUUUAUCCACAUGGUUCCCGGAUUACCUCCGCCAAUUAUAACCCGGUACCAAUGUGGAAUGCAAGUUGCCAUAUGGUGGCUCUCAACUAUCAAACGGGUGACAAACCUAUGCAAUUGAAUCAGGGGAAAUUCAUGGGUAAUGGACGAUGUGGCUACGUCCUGAAGCCGGAGUAUAUGCUUGACGAGAAUUUCGAUCCAUCUCGGGCUGGAUCAGUAACAACAUCCUGUGCUGUACGGCUCACGGUCCAAGUGAUUGCUGGACGUCAUUUGUCGCGACGCGAUAAGCAUAAGGGAAUCUGUUCCCCAUUCGUCGAGGUGGAAGUUAUUGGGCUACCUUGUGACGAGAAGACGUUCAAGACGAGAACCAUAGCAUCUAACGGACUGAAUCCGAUGUGGAAUCAAACGGCAGUGUUUGAUGUGACUUGCCCUGAAGUUGCUCUGCUAAGAUUUUACGUAGAAGACGGGGAUUUUGUGGGCCCAAAGACAGAUCCAUUCAUAGGACAAGCCGUUUUUCCUCUCGACUGUAUUCGAUGUGGGUUUCGCUCAAUACCUCUUCUCAAUCAAUUCAGUGAAGAACUUGAAUUGUCCUCUUUACUGGUAGAUGUACAAAUGAUAAAAUUGUCCGAUUCCACUCUGAUACAAUCUGCUCACAGCGUCCUACAGUCCACCCGGAUGGCACCAGUUUUUCGUUCUAAAGACCGGAAACUACAUUCCGUUGAUUCUCUCCCCUCCUCCUCUUCUCUGACAUCUUCGUCAGCUCCGCGAGAAAUCGCAACUCGUCCCGGGGUUUCUUCCAUGCUCAGCAGUUCCGUCGACUCACCUUCCCCUUCGGCGAGUUGUGUGAGCACAAGGAAAUUUUCCGCUUUCCAAUCGCAGGAUAGUGUGGAUAGCGCUGAUUCCAUGUCUUCUUCUGCUAAUGGGACCAUGUCGACAGACAAAGAGAAAAAACGCAGCAAAUGGGGAUUUCCUGCGUUCCGAUUCAGGAGCAAAGACAAGGAUUGA